AUGUCACAAGUAGAAGAAUGUCCUUUAUGUUCAUCGAAAAUCGCCCCCUUUCAUAUUAAUUUUACCUUAGAAUUAUCAAUGUGUAUAAAUGAACUAUGUCCAUAUCCAUUCGGCAACGAGAUUUCACGCUAUUUGAAGGAUACUCCGACUCUUGUCAAUACAAGAACCGAAUCAACCUCUGAAAAUAAUAUUAGCAAUGCUUACAGCGAUAAUGGACUUUCUUCGUCAACUACGGCAAGUGAAACAUUAUUUGAUACGAGAUCUAUUGAAAAUAGUAACAAUCUCACAUCUCCAUCAAUGUUGUCAUCAGAAAAGAAUGGAAACGUCACUGAUCUAUCUCAGUAUGAUGAGAUUUUGAAUGUUCUUUCAUCCAAUAUCGGUGCAAAUUUGACCUCCGAUCAAGCAAUAAAUAGUUUACUGGACGAAAUUGAUUUCAGUGUUUUACCAUCAUCAACAAACCUUCCGAAAUCUGAUAACGAUAAUGAUAGAGCUGUUGUAUCUGUGGAUGAGUAUGAAAAAAUUUUGUUCGGUUCUUCAGAAGUUGAUACUCUUUUAGGAUCGAUAGAUGUUAACACUAGCAAUGACAAUACCUUGGAUGUAUCUGAAUAUGAAUGCACUAAAGAAAACUGCGGAUAA